UUCCGGUCAGACAGGAGAGAGCAGAGGACAAAUGUGAUUGCUCUGUUCGGCUGUUGUUUUUCUUUCUACGAAAUGCUUUCGUAGAGUUUUUGUGGUGUGAAAAUCCACUAUUCGUAAAGUUUAGUUAAGCUCGGCCUACGUUUUUAUUUAUCCGUUUUAGUUGUCAGUUUGUAACCUUGACGUAGUUUUUCUGUUGCCAAGUUGUGGCCCAGAACAUGUCUGGUGUUGGUCGCAGUUUCAGUCUUUUGUCUGUAAAGGCCCUUAAAGGAGCCACAGUCUUGUCGCCUUGUGGGUGGUUGGUGUCGGCACGCAGCAAAUUUUUCAAAGCAAGAAUCCCAAAAGAGAUUUUUGCUGAGAGAUCAAAAGAGCAUGAUAAAUAUGGUGGCGAUCCAGAGCAACCUCACAAACUACACUUAGUGACCAGAGUCAGAAGUGUGAUGAGAAGGCCAUACUGGGAGAAGGAGAUGAUAAAACACCUUGGCCUGGAAAAGGCCAAAAAAGCUGUGAUUCACAAAAAUAUACCUGCGGUCAAUAGCCAGCUGAAGUUUGUCAAGCACCUUGUGAGGAUACAGCCUCUGAAAACUCCAUAUGGUCUCCCUGAAGAACAGGACAUGGCUGACACUUACAUUAACAGCAGAGGAGAGCUGAUUGUGCAUCGCCUGCUUCAGCCUGCCGACGACAAAGCUAUCAAGUCUUAGUUCAUCUGUCAAGUUAGUUAGUUAGUUAAAAAUCCAGUUGUUAAUAAAAUAUAAUUGAA